AGCCUUUUCUGUUUUCACCGCUGUUUGUUUAAAAAAAGGCACAUUAGUUCACAACAAUUCACCCUUUUUCAACUCUAAACAGUAAACCUUCUCCCACUUUUUUUUCUUAUUCCUUUCUUCUUUGCUACUGUUUCCUUAGCUGCCUCCACUGCCACACUUUCCUUUUUCUUCUACCUACAUUUCUACUCUCGUUUUGUUUCCCUUUUUAUAUGAUUCUUCUCUUCAUCGGAUGUUCCCUAUCUUUAAUGUGUGGUUUUCAAAAACAUGAAGCCAUUUUGAUUGAUCAUAUUGAUUAAGAGUGAAGGCCAUAAUUUCUUCAGAGACCAAACAAUGGUUCUUGGCCUAAGAACUAAGAACAGAAAAGGCAACUCAUAUCAGGUUUCUUACAUUGUAUAUGUAAAGGAAAUUAAUCCUUGGACACCAUUGCAGUCUUUGCCAGCGGCUCAAUCUUUAUUGCUUCAAUGGGAAAAUGGUGAUAAGAAUUCUGGGUCCUCGGUUUCUAGUUUUAGGAAUGGGAAAAUCGAGUUUGGUGAGUCUUUCAGGCUUCAAGUAACUUUAUCUCUGGAAUCGUCCCGUAAGAGCACCAACCGUGAUGGCUUCCAGAAGAAUUGUUUAGAGUUCUACUUGUAUGAGCCUCGAAAGGACAAGGUGGCAAAGGGUCAACUUUUAGGAUCUGCUGUUGUAAACCUUGCAGAUUAUGGGAUUAUCAGGGAAACUAUAAGCAUUAGCACUCCUAUUAACUUGAAGAAGAGUUCAAGGAACAUAGAACAGCCUGUUCUUUAUCUUACUAUCCAGCCAUUUGAUAAAGGUAGCUCCAGCUCAUCAUCGAAAGGCAGCUUGCCAAAAGAAGUAUCACUUGAAAAGGAUGGGAGUGAAUCUGUUUCUGGAUCAAUAAAUGAAGGGAAUGAUGAGGAAACUGAGAUUGCCUCUUUUACUGAUGAUGGUGAUGAUGGUCUUUCCUCACAUUCAUCUCGGACUGUUUCUUCAUCUGUUUUUGAUUCUUCUAGGGAGUCACAUAGCCAACAUGAGAAGAUUGGAUUGGAAUCAGCAAAUGGUGGUAUAGGAAGACUUGGGCUCAGUCUUCCUUCUGAUGGAACAUCUGCAAACUCAGGGGUAAGUCCGGCGGUUGAAGCAUUCAAGCAAGUAAAUGGGAAUACAUCUCAUUUAUCUUCAAUGUACUUGUCCUCCAAUCCCGAGAAUCCUGUAAGUCAUCCAAUGGGUAAAGUUUCUUCCUCAGAGGCAUGUGUUGCUGUUCCAGUAGAUGUGAACUUGAAUCAUGUAAAAGAUAAAGACUCCCAUAGCAAAAGAGAGGGAGCUAGAAAAGCAUGGAGGCAUGACCAAUGCCAUGUAAACAGACAUUUAAGUAGCAAUUCACGUGUUGGCCAUUGGAAGGGAAAUGCUGAAAAGUCACCAUGGGAAGAUGAGCUGGAUAACCAGAUUUUGGGCCCCGAGGAAUAUUCUCUUCAGGACAGGUUAGGUUUUAGACCACCUCAAGAUUCUACGAGAAAGCAAGUUGCAUUGAGGAGUAACACUUUUGCAUCCAGCUCGACAGCAACUGAAGUGAAAGGUGGCUUCCUUGCAAAUGAUAGGCAAAAGCGUGUGACACCUGUUCAGUUGCAUGUUGACAAAGGUACGAGUAACGGACUAUCAAAGAUCCAGUUUAUGGAGAAGGCGAAGGAAAAUUAUAUCCCUGAGAAGACUUCUAAUGGUACCACAAGUGAUAUACUUGGUUCAAGGGAAGAAACUGCAAACAGCUUUUCUAACCGCAAAGUUGACUCAGGUAACAGUUAUGGGCUGCUAAAGAAAACUGAGUUUGCAAAGAAGGCAAAGGAAAAUGAUAUUCCUGAAAAGAUUCAUUGUGGUUCUACAAGUGACACAUGUAAUAAAAGCAAAGAAAAUAGAAAAAGCUUUUCCAACAGCAAAGUUGAGUUGGAAUCCAAAAUUGAAAUGCUCGAAGAAGAACUAAGGGAAGCUGCUGUUGUUGAGGCUAGUCUUUAUUCCGUUGUUGCUGAGCAUGGAAGUUCUACAAACAAGGUUCAUGCUCCAGCUAGAAGACUUUCUAGAUUCUAUCUUCAUGCUUGUAAAGCAAAUACCCAAGAUAAGAGGGCAAGUGCUGCAAGGGCUGCAAUUUCAGGAUUGGUAUUGGUCUCUAAAGCAUGUGGAAAUGAUGUUCCAAGGUUAACCUUCUGGUUAUCAAAUUCAAUUGUAUUGAGAGCAACUGUUAGCCACGCAAUUGGUGAAAUGCAGCUAUUUUCGGAAGGUUCUGAUGACUGGGUGGACCCUCAGACAUUUUUACUUGCACUGCAAAAGUUUGAAGCUUGGAUCUUCUCCAGAAUUGUCGAGUCUGUGUGGUGGCAGACUUUGACUCCAUAUAUGCAGUCUGCUGCUGCAAAGAGCUCAUGCUCGAAGAAAAACUCUAGCAGAAGAUAUGGAUUAGGUGAUCAAGAGCAGGGGAGUUUUUCAGUUGAGCUUUGGAAGAAGGCUUUUAAAGAUGCCUGUGAGAGGCUUUGUCCCAUUCGAGCAUGUGGGCACGAAUGUGGCUGCUUAGCUGUGCUGGCUAAAUUGGUCAUGGAGCAAUUGGUGGGUAGAUUAGAUGUUGCAAUGUUCAAUGCUAUUCUUCGUGAAUCAGCUGAAGAAAUGCCAACAGACCCUGUUUCUGAUCCAAUAAGUGAUUCAAAGGUUCUUCCUAUCCCUGCAAGCAAAUCCAGCUUUGGGGCAGGUGUACAAUUGAAAAAUGCUAUUGGAAACUGGUCAAGAUGGCUAACAGAUCUAUUUGGCAUUGAUGAUAAUGAGAGUCCUGAAGAUAGCAACGAAGUAGGUGACUGCAAAAAUGCUGCAUGUGAGGGUUCCUUCAAGUCCUUUUGCCUCCUGAAUGCAUUGAGUGAUCUCAUGAUGCUUCCAUCUGAGAUGCUUGCGGAUAGGUCCACAAGAAAAGAGGUAAGCCCCAAGUUCAGCGUCUCCCUCAUCAUCAGGGUUCUUAACGAUUUUGUACCUGAUGAGUUCAACCCUAAUCCAGUUUCACAGGCAGUUUUUGAAGCAUUGGAAAAGGAUCUUUCUGAGGGUGGGGAAGAGUCUAUCACAAACUUUCCAUGUAUGGCUACUCCUAUUGUCUAUUCGCCACCUUCCGCAACUUCCCUAACCGACAUUAUAGGAAGCCAAGUCAUGGAAAGGAGUAAGUCAUUGGUACUUAGAAAAUCAUACACUAGUGAUGAUGAGCUUGAUGAAUUGGAUUCACCCAUGACCUCGAUCAUGAUUGAGAACCCCCGCAGUUCUCCCAAAACCAAUUGGAUGAGAACGGGAAAGGGGGGCCGGAAAGUUGUUAGAUAUGAGCUAAUCCGAGAGAUAUGGAAGGAUGGUGAGUAGCAAUGUUUAUUUUUCAUCCAACCCUGUCUUUUUUUGUAUAUAAGCACGUGAGCAUAGGCUGGUUUUGUUAAGUUGUUUUGUUGGAGUUUUGCAAGAAUUGGUAUUUUCCUUAAUAUCAUCGUACAUAUGUUACUACGAAUCCCUAUUGCCUACUGCAUCUGUUGCUGUGAUAUAUAAGGAAGAGGAUUUCAAAUAUUUCUUAAA